AUGUGGAAUCGGUAUAAAUUAGCGAGAUGUUUAGUGCUCACGAGUAUUUUUCAAGUGAUUCCCCCGGGUAUUUGCCAGAAGACGGCUCUUGACAAUCCUUUUACCAUUCAGCUGUAUCGGAGUCUGAAAGACUUCGCUUUUAGCUUCAUUGGGCGUUCAAAUCCCCAAGGGAGGCUCUUCAGAGGAGCCGAAGAGCAAAACCACAAUCAGUACACGAUUCCUGACGGCCUCCCAUUCCCCUGUAACACGACCGGUGGGAGAUCGCGGACGGUGCCGUCCUCAGUACAUCGAUUGCGACCCGGAGAUAUCGAUGUGAUUGCCGCAAUGGGUGACUCCCUCACCGCUGGCUUCGGAAUUUAUGCGUCAAACAUUUUCGAUCUGUUUAUCGAAAAUCGGGGGAGCUCUGCGUUCGGAGGGGGACAAGGAACUUGGCGGGAUACUCUGACGCUUCCUAAUAUCAUCAAGGAAUUUAAUGGGAAUCUAUUCGGAUUUGCAACGGGAGAUGCGUGGAGUCACCACCCUGACUCUCAAUUCAACGUUGCGGAAAGUACGUCGAUGUCAAGAGACAUGCCAUACAUGGCUAAAAACCUGAUAAAUCGGAUGAGGAGUGAUCCUCGGGUCGACAUGAUUAACCAUUGGAAAUUAGUGUCAAUUUUUAUCGGAGCGAACGAUAUCUGUUCAGACAUGUGCUACAAUCCCUCAGCGUGGGCCUCCCUGGACAACCACAAAGCCGACAUGAUGACAACCCUGCGCCUCCUCAAGGAUAAUCUGCCUCGAACUCUAGUCUCGAUAGUUCCAGUCCCGGAUAUCAAGACCCUCGUGGAAAUGAAGGGUAGAUCAAAGUUAUGUCGAAUAACAACGGGUGUGGAGUGCUCCUGCGGGUUCGGGUUGAGAUUCCGACACCGCAGGCAAGAGUUCUUUGAGAUAAAUCGAAGAUGGAUAGCCCUCGACGAGGCGAUCGGCACCUACCCGGAAUUCCAAACUAAAGACUUUGCUGUUGUUGUCCAACCGAUCACUGGGAAUGCUCAAUUUCCGACAUUACCGGAUGGAACCGCUGAUUUUCGGUAUCUCUCAGCCGACUGUUUCCAUUUGAGCCAAAUUGCUAAUGCACGAACUGCAUUCUCCGUUUGGAGGGGCUUACUGGAACCUGUUGGCAGGAAGACGCGUUCUUGGGAUGAACUUGACCCUGACCUUGGAAAUUUCCCCUGUCCCACGAGGGAAAGGCCGUUUAUUGCCACAUUAGGCAACAGUUGAUACGGUUCUCAGAUUUUUGCACUGAGGUUUUCAA